GAUAUAAAGUUUAUAUUGCGGGUAAAACAAGAAUUCUCCAUCUGCAGUUGAAAGGUUUGGAAAAGUCUUCACCACAAAAAGCAGUUGUCGCACCGCUCCGCUCACUGUCUCGGCGAUCUCCGUUUACAGAUUAAAUGGCAAGAACAAGCAAUACUCAGAGCAGCAGCAAGGCUGGUGCUUUCUUUAUGGCCACUCUGGUUCUCUGGUCCGUCUCUCUUCUGUUCGAGAUAGUGUUCAAUCAUAGGAGAGAGCUGCUUUACGUCGUCGUUGGUGGCUGCUUUUACCAAAUAGCUAACUGGCUUAUUCGAUUUUGGAUUUCUCGUGAACCUCUCUUCGUCAACACCUCUGUCUCUCUCCUCCACUCCACCGUCACCUCUGCUUCAGUGGUUUUCAUUCUGCUUAAUCAGUGGUUAAACAAUGGUUCAUAUGGGAUGUUCGAGCACUCACAGUUGUUUGGAGUUACUUGGCCAUGGGCAUAUCAUGCUUUGUGCUUCUCCUGUGGUUACUUUGCAUAUGAUCAAUGGGAUAUGCUGCAUUACCGAUUAUACAGUGGUUUGGUCCCAUCCAUUCUGGCGCAUCAUCUGCUGCUCCUUGUCUGCUUUACACUUGCGUUGUAUAGGAAUGUCACCAUCAACUACCUGAUUCUCACGCUGAUUUGUGAGCUGCAUUCAAUUUUUCUACAUGUGAGGAAAGUGCGGCGAAUGGCUGGUGUUCGGGAUGCCAGGAGCAGAAUGGUGAAGAUAGAAUGGGUUCUCAAUUGGAUUACCUUCAUUUUCGCCAGGCUUGUGUCUCACGUUCUUAUCACAGCGAAGCUAAUCAAAGAUGCUUCUAAGUUUGGCAAGGGGGUAGAGUUGCCUCUUGCACUGUUUGGUAUGGCAGGGAUGAACUUGCUUAAUGCUUGUCUUGGCAUUGAUCUCUUUAAGGCCUUCAGAAGAGAGAAAAAUUUCGGGCAAAACCAUCACCGUAAUCAUGGAGAAUGACAGAAGGAACCAACAGAAGUAAGUCAUGUUUGUUUAUUAGUUCUUUCUUGUAAGUUUUUUACUCAACGUGAAUAUGAACAAUACGAGCUAUUAUCUUUGUGAAUUACUUGGAAGUGGCUAAAGUACAUGAUUUGUUAGCAAACAAUCUAUUGCUCUGGUAGGGAGAAUAUUGGCAGGAUGGAGAAGUUCUCUUAUACGGAUACAUGGUUCAGUUUGCUAUGUGUAUUGUUCUUCAAAAUCCAGUAUAGACAUUGAAGAUCUAAUUGGGUUGAUACUGUUGUAUCUGACAAGUGAAA